AAAGAAGAGAAAAAACAAACGGACAAGUGUAAGAGAAUCGGAAAUGAAAUGGGAGCAUUCAUAGAAAGGUAUUUUCAAUUCAUGAACAUGUGUUGCAUUCCUCAUCAUUUGCCUUGUAACAUCACAACUAAAACUAUCCCAUUGCUAUGGCAAUGAAUUCAACAAACAAAUACAAAAGGUAUCAGAAGAAGUAAUUUUAUUCGAAAUACAAGUAUUAGUAUCAAACAUGCAGAAUAAAGGAACUGUCCCGAAAAUUGUUUAUAGAAAAACGUCUGCAGAAAUAAUAAAAGAAGCUCAAAAUAGCUUAGUGUCGGGCAAUGGAGCUAAGCUUGUGUCGACAAAAAGACCCAUAACACCAAAUGUGAACAACAGACAGCUUUAUGGAAAUUCUUUUCCAUCGGGUCGACCACCAAGUGCAUUUAAUUUGAAAUAUCUACAGUAUGAAAUGCGUGCACUUCCGUGUCUAGAGCCAAUAAAUCAAUCACCAACUGGAAGUGAAGUUCAAUUGAAUACAAAUACGAAUAAUACAACCAUAGUUCAAAGAUCAAGUUCAAUAGGAACAAUACAUGAAUCAGGAUUAAAAACAACAAAACUGCCUGCCCUUCAAGAGCCAACGAAUGCAAUAUCAUCAGCAACAUCCUUAAAUGAGUUACGCGAACCGAUGCCUUUGUAUAACAAAGCUACUUCCCUAUCGCUUCCACCUAGUCGAGGAGGCGAUCCUGAUCAUAAACAAAAAAAUUCGCAACAUCCAUUGAAGCGUAAACAGCCAGUAUCAUUUGAUGAAACUGUUACACAAAAUAGUAGUGGAAGUAAUAAUAAGAAUGAUGGCAUGUUGAACAAGGAUUUAUCUAAAAAUCGAUUGAUUCGAUCUAAUGACCUCAAUCCGCUUAUUCAAUCAUCAACUGAUACACUUUUGGAUAUGCUUAAGGCUUAUGCAGGUAUAAAAGAGUGCUCGGACGAAACUCAAGUUCAUUUGAAUAUGAUUUUGUUGGAGCUAUAUUCACGUGUCAAGGGAACGCAAUGUAAUAGAAGUGCAAUAUUGGGUGUCUUGUAUGGACUUGUCGAGUGUAAUUCACCUAAAAUUUUACUCGCAAUCGCUCGUAUCGUAUUAUCAAUGAACAAUAUCAGCGGAAGUAAUCUAACAGGCGCAUGCAAACUUGUCUUCAAAGUGGCACGAAACGAGGUAAACGAUUCUCUUUUUAUUGAUUCUGAUGUUCCUGAAUUGUUAGUAGAUGCGUUAGGUAGAGUUAAUCCAACAGCAGAAGGCGAACCUGAAGCAGCAAUUUACGGAUAUGGCGCAAUUCGGUUCUUGGCAACAGCAAAUUUAAAUACUUUGAAUAAGAAAACGGAAAAUGUUGAAGGCAAAACUAUAAAAAUUUCGAAACAUAAGUCACUUGCAUAUCGACUAGUACGGCAUGGUAUAAUUCAAUUGAUGAUUGUUCAUCUUCAAAUAAUAAACGAAUACGGUUCAACAAAUAAAUUGUGUGGACAGCCAUUGCAUGCACUAUAUCAGUUAUCAGGAGCUUUACGAGUACUUUCAGGUUCGCCUGUAUUUGCGCAAAUAAUCAACAUGAAACAUUCACGUGCAUCGUCAAUUGACGAGGAGGAUACUCAUUUGGAAAUAGCGGGGAAGCACUUAGUCAGGGCAGCUGAAAUCUGUAUGGAUGAAAUUGAAGUUCAAACCAAUAUAAUAAGGACUUUAAGUAUUUUAUCGGAAAUAGAAUCAUGUUGUGAGAAUAUGGCCGUAGAUGCAGGUCGAUUGGGAAUAUUAUUUGGACCGAUUGCUUACAACUAUUCAUCCACGUGCUCACCUGAGAAAGCUUUAGGAGUCAUAUCAAGACUUGGAUAUAUAUUAGGAAACAUACAUGCAAAAUAUGAUGAAGCUAGAUUAGACUUCUUCAACAAUGAUGCAGCUAUGGAAUAUCUACUCAAUACCUUAGAAUUUUUCUCAAACCAACGUUUUGAUAUCAAAAAUACAAACGGAGAUACAGUUAUGGAUGCUUUAAUAAAACUCAUAAGAGUAAUUGCAAAUAUGAGUGUAAAUGCUGAAGUUGGAUAUGGUCUUGGCCUGAGACAUCCGCUUGGCGUUGUCUUAUUAAACAUCUUAUUAGAAGCUAAAGAAAUUAAAACUGAAGAAGCAUUAGAACUUGUUCUUGCAACACUUGCAGCCUUGCAUAAUUUAUCAUACUACCAAUAUAGCACAGAAGACAUUAACGUUAAUCAUCCUGGUAGUAUUAUUGAGAGAAUGAGAGACAUAAGUGCAGCACUGUGUCAAAUCUUGAGUACAGGUCCGAUUACAGCAAAGUCUGAGGCAGCUCGAGUAUUAGGAAACUUAACAAGAAAUUCAACAGCCAGGCAGUCAUUUUGUACAUCAAAUGGAUUAAAGAUUCUCGUUAAAUGUCUACAAUCAGAUGAUACGGAACUUGUUACAGCGUCAUGCGGUGUUCUUGUAAAUUUACUUGGCGAUUGGGAAAGAAGAGCUUCAUUCAAAGAGCUCAAUGGAAUUAAAAUUCUUCGAGGAGUUUUACAAAACGCAGCAGAUAAUGAAGAUUGGUUGCUAGCGGGCAUGUGUUGUCAAGCUUUUUGGAAUUUUUUGAUCGAUAGCAGCAAUGUAGUUGAAACACUUGGCGAAUGCGAGAGUGAUUUAUUGGGUGGUGACUUAGCUGAAUAUUUAGAUGAGGAAAGAAUUUUUCAAGGUAAUCCCCCGGAUCAAAUAUGGGAGCAAUUUGCACAAGUGGCAACUGAUCUUCUUGAGCGUCUUCAAUCAUGCAUGAGUAUUACAAAUUCGCCAAUCAAUACAUCUGACGACGAUGAGGAUUUAAACCCUAGUCCGAUAAAAAAUGACUCCUGGGGUGGCAAUUAUGAAAAAUGGGUACAGGAUUAAAAAAUAAAAUCCUUAAAAAAAUUUACACAUUCUAUUAUUGUUCUUUGUUUUAACCUUAAAUUACAAAUCAACACACUUUGUGCUAAGGAUUUAAAUUCUAUGGCAUUGCAAGAAAAAUAAGAAACUUAAUAACUUCAAUCAUUGAAAUGAAUUUAAUCUGUCUAUAUGAAUGUUAUGAAUAAAGUAAAAAGAUAUAUACGAA